GCAGGUCUGAGUGCAGUCAGUGUGUGUUCACUCUGCCGACACGAAGCUUUACCAGACCAGCGGGUACAAUUUCGACGGUUGCUCGCAGAGUACAGGUCACAAGAGCAUUGUAGCAAAAGUCGGCGCUUUCAGAAAGAUGCGCGUUCCGUGAGAACCGAUAUAAAUAUGGAGCAGAAGCAACAACAUUGAAAUCAGAUGCCGCCAAAUGAUGAGUUCAGCGUUCGACAUUCGUUGGCUACAUGGAAGUGGCUCUUAGGCCCGAGCAAUGUGCUCGGUGUUCGCCGACGUAUCUUUUCCCUGUUUGUAACGAGUAUUGAAAACGUUACACAUCACGUCUUUGUCCAGGCUUCUCAAGUGCUUGUCGGCACCGUCGUGGUCCUUUCGUUUCUUGCUGCAAUACACGCCCAGAACCUGAUAGCCGCUUCCAAUUCUGCCAACGUUUGCUGCGGCUUCUAUUCCUGCUUAGGAGCUGAUGUUACAUUCUUCUGGAGGCAGCGCAGGGCGUACAGCAUUGUCGAGCGUCUGGAACGUUUGUUUUACGAUGUCGAGAGGUUGGCCGAUAGCAGUGAUGCGAAGUCUGAACUGAUCCGAGCCAGCCAAAUGAACCGCAGGAUGACGAGACUCCAAGUCUGUUUUGGAUCUGCAAUGGUGGGCUCCGUCUGGCUUCAGGUGUGCCUGACCGGCCGCGCCUACAGCCCUAUCUGGCCGAUGCCCGAGAGUGAGCUAGGCCAGCUGUACGUUUCCUUUAACAAUGACCAUGCAAUUAAAUGAAGCAGUAAACAAAUAACUAUGUUCAGAAA